AACUCAUACUUCAAAAAUUGAGAGAAAAACAGAAAGAAGAAAAUGAUUAUCCAAACUGAGGACUAUCCUUGUGUUGGCUACCAACAGCAAUCCUAUGCUGUCCACCAGGAGUCCGGUUGGUACCCACCAAGCAGCUACCACAGCAACGUCCCUAGCAUCAUCUCUCCUCCACCGUCAAACCACCAUAUGAUGGUUUAUAGUGGUGGCCAUGCUCAGCCACAACAAGAGGGGUGGACUGAUGGGAAGGACAAGCACUACCAAACUGGCUGGCAUGGAAACAGUGACCAGUACAGCUAUGGAUACAAUUCUCAAAGUUCUGUGCCGAAUGGAGGAUAUGGGACGUACCAUGAUGGAAAAUUCCCUGUGGCAACAACAACCACGGUGCAGACGGUGGGAUAUUCAUAUGGAAGUGGUUGGGGUGGCGGUGAUGGCAGGCAUGGCCAGGUUUAUGAUCAGCAAUAUCCCGGUAAAGGAGGGUGCCAGAAAGUGGAGUACUAUGCAGUCAAGGGGGUUUAAUUUAACCACAGAGAAAUGACACUAUGGUUAAAUGUACUCUGCUUUGGCAAUAACUUAAUUAGGACCCCUCUCUAAAUAAUGUUCAAGAUGACAAUAACCUACUAAACUGUAUUUGCUACGCUAGUAAAGACAAAUAAAUUGUAAUAAAUAAUAGCUAUUGAAAUAUAAUUAGUACUUCUGUUUCUUUGCAAA